AUGAGACGUUCACUCCGUCUAUUUUGCAUCAUUCCUUUCUUUUUGCUGUUCGCGCUACCUCCUACAGUGCACGCGUCGUUGAAAGCUCCGAGGCGCGUGUCCUCGUCACCGCACAUUCUAAAGCCGGGAGAGGAAGACGCGUUCCUUGAAUCGCAACUGAAAUCGUCUUCUUCGGUGACACCAUCGUCAACCCCAACCUCGGGUGAUGACGAUAGACACCAUCAUCAGCAGCAUAAACAUCACACGCAUGAGCACGCGCACCGCAUAGUGAAGAAGGAGCACCACAAACGCGCCGCGAGUCACGAAUGGACAGAUUCCAGCAAAGAAGUAGAUACAAAAACACUAACAGCAACAGUAAAGUCGUCUGAAGAACGCCCACACGUAGGUGUAUACGGAGCAACGAGUUCAAUCAAGACUGCGUCAUCAUCAUCAUCAUCAUCAUCAUCAUCACCAUCACCAUCAUCAUCACCGUCGUCGUCGUCGUCGUCGUCCCUGGAUUUGUCCCCAGAAAUUUCUCCCUUGCCUGCGCCAAACUUUCCGCUACCGUUUUGCGCGGAAUGUGACGGAUGCGCAGUGGACUGGACGAAAGCGUCGAUUUCAGCAAACUCUGUGAACCAGGUGUGCGCGGGAACUGCUCCGUGUUCGGGGUGCGACGACGUGAUCCUUCGUCGCAUCAACGGGACAUAUGCGUUAAAGAAUGAAAAAAGACAAAAGUAUAAAGUAAAGCGUGAAGUCGGCGCCAGCGCAGCAACAGUUCUACGCGCAGAUUACGUCAACAAAGAUGUGGGAGAAUCGUUCGACGCUUCCGGGGAGUUACUCUCUUUACCAUUCGUCAAGUUUCCGUGCAUUCCUGGGUUACCGCGUCACAAUCGCAAGUGCGCCAGGCAACACAUAGAAGACGAGAAAGGCAAAGAUUUGUUAUCCAUUCGAAACGUUGAGUCCGUGCAGAAACUGAGCGAUUUCUGCGGAUUGGAAAACGUCGCCUCUCGAGCGUGGUCGGCAAAGGUGAAAUCUACCGCACCGGCGGGUAUACCGAUAGAUCCAUGGUCAGUGCAUCCAGAAUCCGUCGCUGUCGAUCAGCUCGGAGCGUUCACUUCCCCGGCUGCAGGCAUUGGGUUAAACUCCAUAUGUCAAAUUGCCAACUCGGAUUCGGAUGUCGCGCAUAUUAUAGAUUCGGUUCCAUCGGAGCAAAUCGUUCGAGCGGCUUUGUACGAAUUCAUCUUUUGUUCGGGUGACAGACACACGCAAAACGUUUUCAUCGAUGACGAUGCGCGGGUAAAGCUGAUCGACAAUGAUAACCUUCUAGGAUGGCAAGUAUAUGACGAGCAAAGAAAUAGACUCUGCGCAAUCAGUUCGCUCUUCCUACCCGGGAACUUGGAAUCGUGGCGAGUGCGCGAAAGCGCCGAGUGCGCGGGAAAACUUGGUUCGUUAGACUAUCGGUGUCAUGUGAACGCUAACGCGCAAAUAAAGCUCCCUCGGCGAACGAAACAAUGUUUAGAGCAUUUUAAAUCAACGAGCGUGGAUGAGUUGGUCGAACAAUUUGGCAUCGUUCAUAACGUCUUUGCUCGAACGCUGAAGCAAAGAAGUAUCGAUUUGCUCGACUCGGGAUUACCGAAAGCUUUAGAAAAUGCGAUGAAGACCGAACACGAGAUUGCGAAGGAAAAAUCAGACAUAUUUCAUCCUGAAUUGAAUUGGGAUGAGAUGACUCAGCAACAACGUCAAGGAAUGGUUGCUGUGCGCGACUCCUUUUGGCGACGUAUUGAGCCCCCGAAUUGUGCGGGAGUUCCCAUGGGCGGUCGUUGGGACAACGCAGUAGAAGAUUUGAGAGCGUAG